UCAUACAUUUGGAUAGAAAUCCUGCAAUUCAAAACAGAAGACCUGGUACUAGAUUGAAUAGUAUAAUAGAUGUAACGGGAGCAAGUCAGUAUCAUGGUUUUCUUCCUGUCCUAGUUAGGAACUGUAUAUCUUCUCUCACUAACCAAGUGGAUUUUGGCCAAACGGCGUUCAAGAAAAUGAAGCUCCAGGAUGAAAUUUCUUCAUCAUCAGUAGAUGAAUCUAGCUGCGAUUCAUCUAAAACAGCCACCUCAAAUAAUGUACAAGAUAGUAAUACUCCAGAUUCGAAUUUGAUGGAGUAUGAUAUUGAAGCUGCAGCUUUCCAGAAUGCCAUUGACUCAAAAUUUCCAGUUAGCCUUACGACGGCUUUGUUUUCAUUUUUGUACCACUUGGCCAGUUAUGAAUCGGGAGGCGAGGCCUUGGUUUCGUGCGGAAUGAUGGAGUCUCUCUUGCAGGUCGUCAAUUGGCAGGGAUUCGAACUGGAUCAUAUAACA